GUGAUCUGCUGCGGGUCGUCAAUGUUUAUUAGUUUUGUAAAGUAACUGGAGAUAUAAGUUAUUGGUCACAACCAUAGUUUUACAGAAUAACGGUACAUAAUACAAAACGGACGGAUUACAUUUGCUAAACGUGGACAUAACAUUUGAAAGGCUAGACAGAUAGACGUAAUAGUGGAAGCGUAAAAUCAAGGUUCGGGCACAUCCAUGGAAGAGGUUACUGGGGCUCAGCUUAUUGCUGAAGCAUUAAAAGCUCAGAAUGUAGACUAUAUGUUUGGAAUCGUUGGUGUUCCAAUCAUAGAAGUAGCAAUGGCUGCACAGGCUUCAGGAAUCAAGUAUAUAGGGAUGCGCAAUGAACAGGCGGCUUGUUAUGCUGCAUCUGCAGUUGGAUAUCUUACUGGACGUCCAGGGGCCUGUUUGGUUGUGUCUGGGCCUGGCCUCAUUCAUGCACUUGGUGGGAUGGCUAAUGCCAAUGUGAACUGCUGGCCUGUGGUUGUCAUUGGAGGCUCCUCAGACUCUAACCAGGAAACAACAGGGGCAUUUCAAGAGUUUCCUCAGGUUGAAGCAUGCCGACUGUACAGCAAGUUCUCUGCCCGGCCAAGUAGUCUGGAGGCCAUCCCCUCUGUUGUCGAAAAGGCGGUACGCACAAGCAUGUAUGGACGCCCAGGUGCCUGCUAUGUGGACAUAUCUGGAGACAUGGUCAAUGCUAUGGUGGACAGGGCCAAAGUCAGAGUGGUAUCCUGUUGUCCACCUCCGCCAGUGAGUUUGGCUGACCCUGUUGCAAUCACCGAAGCACUCACUGUCUUGAAAGGAGCCAAAAGGCCUUUACUAAUCAUUGGCAAAGGUGCAGGCCAUGGGAGAGCAGAGGUUUCUCUCAGGGAGCUGGUAGAAAGCUGUGGUCUUCCCUUCCUGCCCACUCCCAUGGGGAAAGGAGUGCUGCCUGACGACCAUCCCAACUGUGUGUCUGCUGCUCGAUCCAGAGCUCUUCUCCAGGCAGAUGUUGUGGUGCUGUUCGGUGCCAGGUUGAACUGGAUCUUACACUUUGGCCUCCCUCCAAGAUUUGACCCUAACGUAAAAGUCAUCCAGGUUGACCUUUGUGCAGAGGAGAUGGGGAACAAUGUGAGGCCUGCUGCUGCUCUCCUCGGGGACAUCAACUCUGUUGUUACUCAGCUCCUUGAGCACAUUCGCAAAGAUGGCUGGAUAUAUCCACCGGACACCGAGUGGUGGACAAUCCUGAAAGACAAGAUGGCCGCCAAUGCAAAAACAUCCAAGGCUCUGGCUCUCCACUCAGUCAUGCCUAUGAACUACUACAACGUGUUCCACCACAUCGCCCAGCUGCUGCCUCGCGACUGCAUCAUCGUCAGUGAGGGUGCCAAUACCAUGGACAUCGGACGCACCAUGCUACACAACUACCUUCCCAGACACAGGUUGGACGCCGGCACGUUUGGCACCAUGGGGGUCGGCCUGGGCUUUGCCGUCGCGGCUGCAGCCGUGGAGAGGGGGCAGGGCACGGGGCAGAGGGUGGUGUGCGUGGAGGGGGACAGUGCCUUUGGCUUCUCCGGUAUGGAGGUAGAGACCAUGUGCAGGUACAAGCUUCCUGUGGUCAUCAUUGUGGUCAACAACAAUGGCAUCUACAGUGGAAUGGACUCUGAGACGUGGGAAGUGAUGGGGAAGAUGGGAGAUCUGACCACAGUUGCCCCGCCAGUGACCCUGCUGCCAGACGCCCGCUACGAUGAGGUCAUGAGUGCAUUCGGGGGCCAGGGCUUCCUGGUGAGGACGGAGGAGGAGCUGCGGAGGGCCCUGCAGCUCAGUCUGAGUGAGUGGGAGCGGCCCAGUCUCAUCAACGUCCUCAUCGACCCUGCCUCGGACAGGAAGCAACAGGAGUUUCCUUGGCUCACUCGUUCUAACCUGUAGACUGAAGAGGCCUCUGCAGCAGAUUUCCUGAGACACACCAGCUUCUUCCUCCAGGAUCACAGCUCAAAUAUCAAGUGUCUCUAAACGUUUAUGUAUGGAGAGAUCUAUGAGGCUAUGUUUGUAAUUUUUUAUAUGCAAUUAACUGUUUCUAUGAAAUGUUGACAAUAAUCCAUGUUUACUACACAGUAGUAUUAAAUCAAAUUCUGUAUAUGAUUGAUGUCUGAACUAUUUUCGUAUAAAUCUUAGCAUUUCAAAAUGUAAAAUUCUUAAAAUAUAUUGUAGCAUUUUACGUACUUAAAAAAUUUGAAUUUGAAUAAGCUUUGAAAUAAACUUGUUGCACCCCUGACCGAUAUCCACAUGAUUAAA